AUGUCUGCCUCCGACUCGAGCGCUACAGGACUCAUCUGUAACAAGGGUUCAGCCGAUUCCUACACUAGUCGACCCUCGGAUUCCGACCUGUCCCUGGAGGAGGACCAGGAGGCGUCUCGGCGUGAAGCCGAGCGCCAGGCUCAGCUGCUUCUAGAGAGGGCCAAGUCUAAACCAGUAGCAUUUGCAGUGAAAACCAAUGUGAGUUACUGUGGGGCCCUUGAUGAAGACUGUCCGGUCCAAGGUGCCGCUAUUAACUUUGAAACCAAAGACUUUCUGCACAUAAAAGAGAAAUACAACAAUGAUUGGUGGAUCGGUCGGCUGGUGAAGGAGGGGGCAGACAUCACUUUCAUCCCGAGCCCAGUCAAACUGGAGGCCAUGAGGAUAAAACAAGAGCAGAAAGCAGCAGCAAGGAAAGGAGGGAACGCUUCAUCUGGAGGCUGGAGGACGACCCCACCAUCUGCAGCCAAACAGAAGCAGAAACAGACCGAACAUGUUCCUCCAUAUGAUGUGGUCCCGUCCAUGCGGCCAGUGGUGCUGGUGGGCCCUUCACUGAAAGGCUAUGAGGUAACAGACAUGAUGCAGAAAGCCUUGUUUGACUUCCUGAAGCACAGAUUCGACGGCAGGAUCUCUAUUACACGGGUGACUGCUGAUCUGUCACUGGCGAAGCGCUCCGUGCUGAACAAGAAGGCCAUAAUGGAGAGAUCCAACACUCGCUCCAGUCUGGCCGAGGUUCAGAGUGAGAUUGAGAGGAUCUUUGAGCUGGCCAAGUCUCUUCAGCUGGUCGUCCUGGACGCAGACACCAUCAACCACCCGGCCCAGCUCCUCAAGACUUCUCUGGCUCCCAUCAUCGUCUACGUCAAAGUCUCCUCGCCCAAGGUUCUCCAGAGGCUGAUCAAAUCUCGAGGGAAGUCACAAAGCAAACACCUCAACGUCCAGAUGAUGGCAGGGGACAAGCUAGCUCAGUGUCCGCCUGAGAUGUUUGAUGUCAUCCUGGAUGAGAAUCAGCUGGAGGACGCAUGUGAACACCUCGCGGAGUACCUGGAAAUUUACUGGCGCGCUACACAUCUCCCCUGUUCUGCCCCUGUUAACCCCUUACUGGACCAAAGUGUGAUCACCCCACCCUCAGCUAACUCCAGCCAACAGUUUUCUGAGACUCAAGAGUUGAUAGAAUGA